AUGCCAGAAUUUGCUGAUGUGCUGGAAGCCCACAACGACAAGUACAAUCCAGAUGGACACCGUAUUCGAGAAGUACAAGAGAGCCCGAAAAAGGACGACACACUCCAGAUGACCGAACUGAUCCAGAAGGACGACCCGAUGACCCCAGAGAAAUUGACCGCGUCCUCGCUCAGCAUCAACGCUCAGCUCACCCUGGUCACUGAUGGGCAGGGAUCGGAGUUGUUCGUGCAGGCUGAUGAAGAACAAACCCUGAUGAAUGGGCGAGAACUAUUUUCAUUUGGUUCCGGAUCUUGGGUGGAUGGGGUUGAGGCCCGGGAAGUCUUGGAGUCCGAUGCCAAGUUUCUUCCCUUCAACGUUUCAUUCGACACCAAGUUCAUCUUAGAGAAGCGAAAGGUUCUGCAGCACUUGGAGGGCAUGAGCUCUUUGGAGAAAGCAGUUCCCUUGCGAGAGUUGCUGUCUGAGCUACAGGAUUUUGGGGAAGUCAAAGUUGGUGUCUCACACCAUGAACUUGAUUUUGCCAAUGAAUCGAUUCGCUCGGAGAAAACAUUGGCCUUCGUUUUUGAGACCAAAAUCAAAGAUGCCGGAAAUCAGAACGAAGAGCCUCCCCGAAAGAAGCCACGCAAGGAGAAGAAAAAAAAGGAAAAAAAGGACAAGAGCAAGGACGGAUCGCGCUGGGGAAAAUUACAGGUGAUACCACCAGCUUUUCAAAUUAAAUGGAAAAGUUUAACUACCAUCUUGUCAGGCUAA